AUCGCGACCGCCAGCAUAGGCUUGCCUGCCCGGACUUCUGAUUGAUUUCUUUCUCCCUUUCUGGUAGUAGAACGCCAUUAUGCGCGUCCUUUGCGUCGCGGAGAAGCCAUCAAUCUCGAAAUCUAUCACCCAAAUCCUGUCUGGUGGCCAGUUUUCAACCCGAAACACCACCAACAAAUUUGUUAAGAACUACGACUUCGAAUACCACUAUACCAACGACUACUACACAGUGACCUGUGUAUCGGGCCACUUAACGACCCACGACUUCUUUGAUACCCACCGCAAAUGGAAUUCAUGCGAUCCUUUCGAUUUGUUUGAGGCACCCGUGCAGGUCACCAUUCCAGAGACUGCCAAGAGCAUCGAGAGAAAUAUCUUCAACGAAGCCAAGAAUGCUGACAUGCUCAUGAUAUGGACUGACUGCGAUCGGGAGGGCGAGCAUAUCGGGUCUGAGAUAGAAAAGGUCUGCAGAAGGGCGAAACGUAAUAUUAACGUGAAGAGGGCCAGGUUCAGUGCUAUCAUUGCACAGCAAAUCCAUAACGCUGCCCAACAUCCUGUGAACCUUGACAGGGCUCAGGCAGAUGCGGUGGAAGCCCGGACAAUCUUGGACCUCAAGGUAGGAGCUGCAUUUACCAGGAUGCAGACUCUUGUUCUUCAACGCAAAGUGAAGAAAAUCGAAGACGAGAAGAAUAUAGUAUCUUAUGGUCCAUGUCAGUUCCCCACCUUGGGUUUCGUGGUCGCCAGAUACAAGGACGUUCAGACUUUCAGCCCGGAGACCUUCUGGUUUAUAUAUCUCAGCCUGUCACAACCCUCUUCUUCUCGAGGAUCCUCCGGAGAGACGCGGUUCACCUGGAGAAGAGGUCACCUAUUUGAGCACGAUGCAGCUCUCGUCAUUUAUGAGAUGAUGAUCACCUCUGGGUCUCUUGCGCGGGUCGCAAAAGUCACCAAGAAGGAGACUAAGAAAUGGAAGCCGUUACCUCUCACAACCGUCGAGCUCCAAAAAGCGGGUUCAAGAUUGCUGAAGCUGGCGCCAAAAAAGAUUUUGGAUAUUGCAGAAAAACUAUACCAGCAAGGUUAUCUCUCUUACCCUCGGACAGAGACAGAUCAAUUCGACCCUCAAUUCGACUUCGCAUCGCUAAUUGACAAGCAGAAAGAGGACCCUAUUUGGGGAGGUUUCGCUGCAUCUUUGUCUGACGGCGAAUUUGCGCGACCUCGUAAUGGAAAAAAUAAUGAUAAAGCGCACCCUCCGAUUCAUCCAACGGGACACGUCUCGAACCUCGUAGGAGACGACAAACGAGCGUCUUGCUCCAAGGACGCUCUUGGAUGGCAGACAACUGUCGAGAUAGAUUAUGCAGACGAAGAGUUCUAUGCCACAGGGUUGACCGUCCUGGAAAAGAACUACUUGCUUGUUUAUCCGUACGACAAAUGGGUAAAUAACAACAUUCCUGACUUUGAGGAGGGAGAGGAAUUUCAGCCCUCUGUAUGCGAGCUGAGAGACGGCCAAACAACCAAACCGAAUCUGUUGACUGAAGCUGACCUGGUUGCUCUUAUGGAUAAAAACGGCAUCGGAACGGAUGCAACUAUCGCUCAACACAUUGACACAAUUAUCACUCGCAACUACGUUAUUGAGCGAUAUGAAGGAGCAACGAAAUAUCUUCUUCCCUCCACGCUAGGUAUAGGGCUUGUCGAGGGAUAUAAUCAAAUGGGUCUAGAGAAGAGUUUAGACAAGCCCAUCUUACGACGAGAGACGGAACGUCGUAUGGUUCAAGUAUGCAAUGGCCAGAAGUCGAAGCAAGAGAUGAUCACUCAGAGUCUAGAACAAUACAAGGAGAUGUUCAUGAUCGCGAAAGGGAACUUUGACAAAGUGGUUACUAGUGUCCGAAAUUACCUGGAACGACAUGGAGAUACAGCACAAGGCAGGCCUGCCGAUGGCGGCGGAGGAGGAGGAGGAGGAAGUGGUGGAGGAGGAGGAGGAGGAGGAGGAGGAAGUGAUGGUGGUGGUGGUGGAAGAGGAGGAGGUAAUAACGGGGUAGGCCCUCAAGGAAGUAGUGCCGUUGGUCGUGGCGGGAGAACUGCAGUUCCAACUUCACAUGCAGGACCGAUCAUCAAUAUUCCCGACGAUGACUCUGAAAAUGACUUCCAGCCUCCUCCGCGCACAUCGAAGCCACCGUCCACUCGACCACCUCCCAGACGUCCUACCCCACCUCCCAAACCUCCUGCAUCACGAAAUGAUGAUUCAGGUCAAAUACAUUGCAGUUGUGGACCAGCUGUGCAGAGAACGGUCGUCAAGGAGUCAGCGAGCAAAGGAAGACUGUUCUGGACGUGCCCGAAUAAGCCUGGGUGCGACUUUUUCAAGUGGGACGAUGAUGUGGCGGGACCCUCUAACAGAACCAUUCCUACAAAGCGACCUUUUUCAAAUCGACAAGAACCUAGUGUUAAUGAAAGUGAAAGCCGUCGAUGUCGGUGCAACUUGACGGCCGUCAGAAAAACUGUACAGAAGGAGAGCCAGAAUAAGGGAAGGAUGUUCUGGAUAUGUCCGAACUCGGAUGCGGCUCGCUGUAGUUUCUUUGAAUGGGAUGACGAGCCUCCGCGGACUGAACCAGCACAUGAUGGGCCUCCGGCCGCUUCGGGUAGUGGCAGUAGUAAACCAGGGACUUGCUUCAAGAGUGCCCAAACGAAGGCGGUCCGAAUCAGAAGAGGUCUCGGAGCUUUGGAUCAGAAAAAGCGAACUUUCCAAGGUCGAACUCGGGAAAGAGUGGGUCGUGCUUCAAGUGCAAUCAAGAAGGACAUUGGAGUAGUGAAUGCCCGAAUGACGGGGCCCCUUCACGUUCAAGCAGAGGUAGCCGAGGCUCCAGAGGUAGAGGACGGGGCUCACGGGGCGGUAGUACGCGCGGGAAGAGGGGAAGAGGUGCUGCCAAGUCUAGGUCUGGAGGCUAUAGUGCUCCAGAUGAGUUUUAAACCGCAUUUUAUCCUCCAGGAGCACUUUCUAUAUGUCAUUAACAUUCACGGCAGCUUAGCUUGUAGAAUAUAUGAUACAAUCCGAUAUGCCAAAGCGGUACCAACAGCCGGUUUCAAGUUUGCCUAG